UCUCAACCUAUAACUGAUUUGAUUGAUUACAACAGUACACUACCCUAGUGUGUUAUGGGUCAGACACUUAGUGACCCUGUCCCUCUGGUCUCCCCUAGGGAGCAACCAAAGGAGACCCAUAAACAUAAAAAUAAACCCAAGGAGAAGAGCAUCCCUCCAGCCCUGACCUUUCUUCAGCUGUUUACACUGCUGAGCUGCGUCAGGAUGAAGAAGACACCAUUUGAUCCCUCCCAGAGCGGUGAGGGGAGAAAGGCAACAACGAUACACGAUAUGAACAACAAUAAUGACUCUGAUACUGGCUCUGACUAUUCUGCAGGUGAUGUGAAAAGGAUCAAGGACAAGAGUAAAGGAAAGGUUCGGAAAGAGAAAGUUUGGAUUGAAGUUCAGAAAUCUCAGGACCACAAACGCAGAACGACACCGGAAACAGAAAAAGACAUUAAACAAAGAUCUAACUCGGUCUCCCCUGUGGAGAAAGCAAAGGAGACCCAGCAGAAAGAGAAGAAGCAGAGCAUCUAUCCAGCUGUGGCGGCCCUGCAGCUGUUCACUCUCUUCUGCUGUGGAGGGAAAGUCAAGCUGAAGAAAACUCGUCCCUCUCAGCACAGACAGAGUAAAAAGGACCAGAACGAAGAUAAUGCAUCUGAUACUGGCUCAGACUGGUCUGGAGGAGAUGUUACAACCAAAAAGGUCAAGGACAAGAGUAAUGGAAAGGUAGGGAGGGAGAAAGACUGGACUGAAGUCCAGCUAUUGAAAUCAUCUCAAGACCACGAACCCAGAAGUACAACACCAGAAACAGACAAGGGAACUAAUUUGGGACAAAGACCGAACUCUGCAAAUCAAAGGACACCCCGGCAAGUGAAGACCCAUGUGGAGAAAAUUUACAUAAGUCCUGACUCUCCGACUCAACCACGUGCCCACAGCUCCCUCUCCCAGUUCUCCCUGGCUAGGAACCUGGCCAUCCUCCCGCUGGAGUGGCAGCUACCUGGAGUCCCUCUGACCACCUCGUCUAUGGCAACUAGGACAGAGAGAAAGCCAUCCACUACCAACACUUCGACACAGGCGCAGACAGAAACACAGACAACAGAUAUGAACACAGACACACAGACCACUGCCACCUCUCAGAGACAGAUCUCCAUGGUGACCACCCAGUCAUCAGAGACCAUGACAGAGGUUCACACAUCAGACUCAAGCACCCAGAACUCCACUCCUGACAUGGCACUGACCCCUGAGAGCACUAAGGACAUGAUCGCUACUGAUGAGGAUGUGAAGGAUGACUCUGCUGAAGAUUUGAUCUCCACCCUAACAGACAUCUCUAUGGAGAAAUCCGUCAGUGAGACCAGCCUGAAAGCCCUCAUCGCUGAGGAUGAGGAAGAUAACAUUGAGAUGAAGGAUAUGGCUGCCUCCGCUAGCCCUGCAACUGAUAAUGCCAAUGAGGAUGCAAAGCUACUGGAGCUUGCAGCACUUUAUGACUACAUGUUGACAGUGGAGACCGAGCUGUAGGCCUAAUGAACAUUUCAAUAUAGCAAAAGCUAUACUAUGAUCAAUUAAUAAAAACAGUUAAUAUUUCUGCAGCAAAUGUUCACUACUGUUGAUAUGUGAAGCAGCAUGCUUAGGUUAGGCAUAUGUGUUUGAAUUCACCAAAACUAAUAAAUAAACAAAAAAUAUAUCAAACCACUACAGGUAGGGAAGAGUGAAUACAUCAGCAUUGAGUUAAUUUGGUCAAUAAUGAUCCAUGGGCAUAUUACAUUCUGUAAUACAUGAAAUAACAAUCACCCACAGUGAAUACAAAGCAGACAUGUUCUAUUUUCUCCCUCUGUCCUUCCCUCCCAUGUCCUGAUGAGGUUUAGAUUGUCUUGUUAUGCACCCCUUCAACUGUUUAGCAUUUUAAUAACGCCUCGCAAUCUCAGGGCCUAAUUAUUUUUGAUUCACAUGCUUAAAAUAGAGCCCACAUAUCACCACAUAUCUGAGCGGCCUGAAGGUGCUGUGUUACUGGUGGGUUUCCAACAGAUUACAGGGAGAUUGGUGAAAUAAGUCAACCU